AUGGCUCUUCCCCCACAAAGGCCCGCCUCUGCCGUCGUCUGCGCGACCCGCGAGGACGCUCAGAACAACAUCCUAUUCACCACCGCGCGCAUCUCAGACGCCCUCGAGAACUUCCGCUAUCGCAGCGCCCACCCAGACCCAGAGCAGGCCCCCUACAGAGCCGGUCUUAGGUCUGAACUCGUGUCAUGUCUCGCGGCAGUCAAACCAUGGGAGCACUGCAUGAUCUUCCCUCGUCUCUGGCUUAGCGCCCACAAUGCUAUCCUCCGUCAAGAACGGCAGCCUGCCGACAUCAAGUCCAUCUCCAGAUACGACCCCUCCGUCCAGUCCCAUCCCCUAUACAGGCGCGAUCGCACCCCUCCUGGCUCCCGUAACGUACACCACCACUCUCUCGGAGACAACCAGUGGUGGCGAGCGCUCGGCAAUCGCAAGGAUGGCGUCGGAAGAUACAGGCCAAACGACCCCGGACUCAUGCUACUCGACUCCGACACUUCAUCCUGCCUCGAUCCCGACGAGCAAGAACAGCCCCUGCCCAUCGAAAUCGACCUCGACUCGGACGGGAACAACACCGACGAAGACAGCGGGAUGGGCAUGUCCGAGGACGAGCCCGGUCGCGUCCUGCUCCAUCACAUUCCCCAGAUCCCUCGCGAACCCAGUCCGGGUGGCACCGUCCCCGUCGUCGGUGGCCCCUAUUCCUCGCCCGACCUUCGUCUCCACCAGCAUCGCCAUCAUCCACCGACCUCUGCAGAGCUCAGGGGUAGGACCGACUCGCCCUCGCGCAAAGAUUACGGGGCCGUUCGACCGAGUGCGGGUGGACAACACAGGGCACCACCACCACCAACACACGCCGCUCGGCCACCUCUCGGCGUGAAUACGCACGACGCUCACGCCCAUAAUAAUAAUGGAAGUGGGAAACGAAAGUCGAUGGAUGAACCUUCGCCGUCGCGGAGCUAUUCUGCGCCCCGCAAAACGUCCAGGACUAGCGCCGACAUCCCGCUCAUUCCUACGAACGAAAAGUUUAGCGUCUAUGUUCGGAAGUGUGUGAGAUGCUCCAAGAGAAACUUGGAAUGUGUGGCCUCGGACGCGAGGCCGGCAUGUCAACAUUGUCAUCUCGCCAGGAGCAGGUGCGAUCCGUACGGGCACCGCUACUACAAGAACGCACCACCUCUGAACACGGGAGACCCAUACGACGAAACCCCCGAGCCAGAAAGCUACGAGUUCGCCCCGCCAUGGGAGCCCCCAAGCGGCGAGUCCUUCGAGUCCCACGACCCAGGAUUCCAACCGAACGGGAUCUCGAUCUCCCCACACCAUCAUCCGAAACCGCCGACGACGACACAUAUGCACGAGCGCGAGACGACCAUGAGCGCGGGAUCGUCCAGUCGUUCGGGGAGCUCGACACAAGGCGAGCUCAGUACCGUAAAGACGUCCGUGUCGCCCACGGUGCCCAUUACGGUUACGGGCGAGAGCAGCGUUUCGCCGGUUGCGGUUUCUGCGCCUCCGCAUGCACAUGUACAUGGGCCUCACGUUCCACUGCCAUCUCGGAAAGGGAAGGAGAGGGCGACGACGUUGCCUACGGAGGGCGUUCCUUCGUCGUCGUCUUUGUCGUCGGCGGCGGCGGCGGCGGGGCCACUUAUACAUAGACAUUCGGAUGCGUCGAAUCGGCCGUCGGUGGGGCCUCCUCAGCGGCAUCGGCCUUCGUCUGACCAGAUACCGCCGCCGCCAUGGGAGAACUUGGAACGAGAGAGAGCGAAGAGGACGUCGGACGGCUCGACGACGGCUACUCCAGCAACGUGGACGACGACGGCCACGCCAGCAACGUCGACGACGAUGAAACCGCCAAGGUCGCGAGUGGGGGAUCAUAUCCCCGUGUCGCCUGUUUUCUCUGUUUCUUCAGAUUCCGAUAUUCCGUUGUCGUGGCAGGUUGCGCUUCAAGGGGCACAGACCGCCGGUGGCUCUUCUUCUUCUCCUUCCGCUCCUAAUGCCACCCAGGUCGCGUCGGCGGAUUCGCAGCCGCAGGUUUAUCCACACCCAGCAACGGCACCGUUAGGACGGUUGCAGCCUGUUGAUCUUUCGAUCUUCAAUAGGAAUUUGCCGUCGGGCUCGGGUUCGUCUAGCGCUACGACGAUCACACCGCAAGACCCGACGCCAACGGGGCAUCAUCAUCUCAGUCCGACUUCUGUUAGCCCUCACACGAGCACCACCCUCACCUCUCGCGCCCUCACAACAACCUCCACCGCCACCGUCGCCCCCGGCCCCUCCACCACCACCACCUCCUCCACAGACCCGAACUCCUCCGGCCUCCUUCAGCUUCUGCUCACGCAAUUCGUAACCCUCGAAGAGCGCAUGGAAGCCACACAAGAAGAGAUGCGGAACGUGAGGGAGGAGAUGCGGAGUACGAAGGCGGGGAUAUUGAAGGUGUUGAAGGAUACGAGUGGGGAUAUGAGGGAGAUGGCGAGUAUUGCGGUUAGGGCGGCGGAGAGGAUUGAUGUGAGUUUGGGGAAGGUGCGGGGUGCGGGAGGGGGUGGAGGUGCGGGGUCGGAUAUUUGAGAGUUUGAGGAGGGUGAGGUGUGUAUGAGUCUGUUGUUUGUCGCCCCUGUUUGCGGUUUCACCAUUCCUAUCCCUAUCUGAACGCUUCUCAUAUGCAUAUGGUAUGGUCUGUGUCUCUUCUCUUAUACUUUGGACAUUCGGAUCCUUUUGUUGUGUGGCGCAGCCGCUUUUCUACUUAUUUGGUCUUGGUUUUGUGUUUUGUGUUUUGUGUGUUCGAUUACUUAUUAGAGGAUAGAUGGGGAUUUUCUUCAACUUGAAGGAUCCGUGUCUAGCCUCUGCCUUCUGCUUUAAGUCUCCCCUUUCUUUACUUCACGAUUUGCUUCUUCUUCCUUCUUCUUCUCAUUCUACUCCUACUCCUGAUGACUGCCGUCUCCAACAUUUUUCUAUCCAUCCACUGCUUCUCUCUCCCUAUCUGCUUGCUCGCCUCGCUGCUUCAUGUUUCAUAUUAAAAAUUGUUCUUAUAUCUUAUGCCCCUCCGGCUCGUCCGUUUCCGACCUUCCUCAGUCUGUUCAUGCUACAUACAUCCUAGGGCUAUCCAUCUAUCCACCUAUCCACCUGCCCACUUACCCAU